AUGGAAAAAGUUGAUAGCAUUUUGACUAAAAUAAUAAUAAAAAUUAGUUCAUCUUACAUAUCUUUGAUAAGCAAUUUCACUUUAAUAAUUCUUCAAAAGAUAUAAGGAAGAGACGAAAAUCAAAGGUAUUGCGUUAUUGAAUACUCUUUUAUCCAAAAUUCUUAGAAAGAACUAAUUGAUACUAAGCCUAUACUUAUUCUAACUUUGGAAAAAUCUUCUAGUAAAGCAAUAGAAACAAGGUAUACAAUACUAUUUGUCUUUGGAAUAUUUUUCUUUAAAAACAACUACCUUGAAUCAUCUGCUUUUAAUAGGUUUUCUGAUAAAAAGUUAUUAUGUGGAUUUAAAUUUAAGUUAUCUAGCCUUUUCUUUAGAGACAUUAGUAUUUAAUAAGCUGAAGACAGCGAUAGCCUUCAAUCAACUGUUAUCAAAUAGCUAAGCACGAGCUAAAUAAUUAAUUAGGACUGUAGCAUUUGUCUUGAUAAGUUAUAAACAGGAUAAACAGUUUCUAUAAUAACUGAAUGCUAGCAUUACUACCAUUAAGAGUGUAUUGAAAAUUGGUUUUAAUGCAAUAAAACUUGUCCUUUAUGCAGAACACAAAUAUUUAUCUUAUGA